CCUCCAGCUGUCCAUAAAUCACUCCUCUCCCCUCAUCCAUUGAAGCGGAGACAUCAGCCAAAAUGCUUUCCCUUCAGAGAUUCGUUAUCUCGGCGCUCUUGAUCCUUUCGAUCACCUUUAUGUUCUUUGCGCAGACCACUGAAGCUGCCAAAGGCCCAAAGAUCACCCACAAGGUCUACUUCGACAUUGAGCAUGGAGAUGAGAAGCUCGGCCGCAUUGUAAUUGGUCUCUACGGCAAGACCGUGCCCAAGACCGCUGAGAACUUCCGAGCUUUGGCCACCGGCGAGAAGGGCUUUGGAUAUGAAGGUUCAACCUUCCACCGUGUCAUCAAGCAGUUCAUGAUUCAGGGUGGUGACUUCACCAAUGGAGAUGGAACUGGCGGCAAGUCCAUCUACGGAACCAAGUUCCCCGAUGAGAACUUCAAGCUCAAGCACUCCAAAGUUGGUAUUCUGAGCAUGGCCAACUCGGGCACGGACACGAACGGAUCUCAAUUCUUCAUCACUACCGCCAUCACUUCCUGGCUCGAUGGACGCCACGUCGUCUUCGGCGAGGUUCUCGAGGGCUACGAAAUUGUAGAGAUGGUUGAGAACGUGGACAAGGCGCCUGGCGACAAGCCCGUCAAGACGGUCAAGAUUGCCAAGAGCGGCGAGCUUGAGGUGCCCGAAGAAGAUAUAUACGGUGAAGCGAAGCCUGCCAAAGCUGGCGACAAUCUCGAUAUUACUCCCUCUCAGCAAACUGCGGCCGAUCAGGCCAAUAUCAAGGAGCAGCCCAGUGAGCCCAAGAAGACUAGUGUAUCCGUGCCUGUCCCCACUCAAGGUAGUGAGGUCGACAGCGGUCUUUCCAUGGGUCAGAAGUUGUUUCUUAUCGGUGCCGUGGUCGGUGUGUGUGCCCUUUUCAUUCGUUCUCGUGGAGGCGGUGGUUCGGGGUUGAAAGAAAAGAACAUGGCGUGAGACUGUACAUAUCGCAAGCAAAAGAGAUACCUCACACAUAUG